AUGAACCGCUACAAUCUUUCUAUUACGAAUCAGAUCAGUUUGAAUAACACUUUAGUUGGUGCAAUUAGUUACAAUAACGGUCUUUACUACAUAGGUACUGGUGGUGCUGGCUAUCCUAGUAGUCAAAAUGCACUGCUUAUUUAUAAUGCCACUGAUAUGAGUUUAAUAUAUAAGCUUACUGGUGAUUCGAGUUACUUCGGUCCAAUUCGAGAAUGUCGUUUUCUGCGUAACAAUACUCAAAUGUUUGUUAUAACACAAUUUUCGUUUAGUUAUUCUCUAAUUCUAUUAUAUCAAAUCAAUUCACCUUCUAACUAUACAUUGUUAAAUAGUAAUAUUCAAACACCAGCAUAUGGUGCUUAUACUAUUUAUAAAGUGAAUGAUACAUUCUUUUAUUUUACACUUUAUAAUGCGAACAAACCAAUUUAUACAUUGAAGGCGACAGCAAAUGGAUUAAAUUGGGUAGUUGGAACAUUCGUAACUCAAGGCACUCAACCAACUCUUAUUUCUAGUGUUACAGUCGAUUCUUGUGGACGUGUAUGGGCAGCUGAUCAAUAUUCUUAUAUUUACAUAUACGAUCCAAUAACAGGUGCGCUACUUGGAACGUUUAAUAAAGUACCGCAACCAUAUUAUAUCCUGUUACUCGACAAUUAUGAAUUGUUCGUUGCAACAGUAGGAAACAAAGUAUACAGAUUUGCUCCGCAGAUUAGUUGUACCUGUUAA